CCGAUUCGCACUUGCAUCGCGGAAACGCGGUUGUGUCCAAUGCUACUCUAACUGAGGUCCAUGCGCAGAUCCUGGUCCCCGCCGGCAUCGCUUUGACAGCAUUCGCGAAGGCGAAGGUUGUAUUCCGCUUGAGAUGGACUUUGUGAGUAUAAGAGGGAGCAGCAGCCACACCCUACAGUUUCUGCACUCCUCAUCGAGCCAUCAACAGUCUCUUCACUUCUUCUCUCUACAGUUGCUCGACGCAUCCUUUCGUUACUCAAACCAGCACUCGCUAAAACCAACACUCUUUGAAUCCUUUGGAUUUCAUCACCAACUUCCAACUCAACAACCAUCAACAUGAAGGCCUCCAUGGCUGCUUCCAUCUUGGCUUUCGCCGCUGCUGCCAUUGCCAGCCCCUCCUACCAGGCUCCCGCUUCUUUCUCCAGCCUUAACAAGCGCGCCACCAUCUCCAUCCCCUCCUCCAAAGGUACUGAGACCUUCAGCGCGCCCAAGGUGGUUACUGACACCUUCGACGGUGGCCUCAAGACCUACGGCCGUGGUGUCAGCUGCACUGGUCAGGCUGAGGGCGGUGACUCUGAUGCCGUCUUCUCGAUUGCCGAUAAAGGGACCUUGAAGAACGUGAUUAUCGGAGCUGAUCAAAUCGAGGGAAUCCACUGCCAGGGUUCCUGUACUCUCGAGAACGUCUGGUGGGCUGCAGUCUGCGAGGAUGCUCUUACCCUGAAGAAGGACGGUGACGCGACCAUCACCGGCGGCGGUGCCACUGGCGCCGCGGACAAGGUCAUCCAGCACAACGGCGCCGGAACCGUCACCAUCAACGGCUUCCAGGUUGCCGACUUCGGCAAGCUCUACCGCUCGUGUGGAAACUGCAAGCAGCGUUCGGAACGCCACGUUGUGAUUAAGAACGUCAAGGCCUCCUCUGGCAAGCUGCUCGUCGGCAUCAACCCCAACUUCGGCGACACCGCCACCAUCGACAGCGCUACCUGCGCUUCCGGCGUCAAGCAGAUCUGCGAGGAAUUCGAGGGUGUUACGGACGGCAGCGAGCCCAAGACCGUCUCCACUGGUUCUUCCGGCACCUGCAAGUUCACUGCUCCUCUCGCUUCCUGCUAAGCGAUUCGCUUUGGACUUUAAGCGCAUAGGUGCUUCGCUCAUGGAAAGCAAAAGUUGGUGUUUGGAUAUCAUAGCGCUGGCGCGUCGUUCUGUUCUUGUAAACACUUUUGAUGAGACUAUGCAUGAGUACAUAGCAAUGAUGGAAAGCUCUUCUUGUAAACCUGUGUGGCUGG